AUGGCUGCCCUCAACAUACCCCCAUAUGUCAUCUUGUGGGUGAGCAAGUUCUUCUCCGGACGUUCGUUUUUCUGCUCUGAUGGCCGUUUUACAUCUUUGUCGCACACUCAACUCAGGGGUCUCCCUCAGGGAUCUGUUUUGUCCCCUUUGCUGUUUAACAUCUUGAUGAGCUCCAUGCCUCUGAAGCCUGACAUUCUUACCAUGACUUAUGCGGAUGAUAUUGCCUUCUUCGCCUCGUCCACCUUUCUCCAUGUGCUGUACGAGGUGCUCCAAGCAUACCUCUCUGCUCUAUCCGACCGGAUGCGCUCCGCACACCUCUCCUUGAACGCCCAGAAAUCCGCAGUGAUCUUAUUCCAACCCAGCAGCCAACCUGUGGGGGCCCUAACCAUCGACCUGAAAACUGGCACCGAGCCUAUCCUGCAGACUAACCUGCUGAAGUAUUUGGGUGUCUGGUACGACGACAAGCUCCACUGGGACCAUCACAUUGAGGUAGUGAGCCAAAAAGCUACAAAGGCAACUGGCAUCCUCCAUCGUUGCUCCAGCCCCCGCAUUGGUAUGCGGCGGACCGCCUUACUCUUACUUUACAAGUGUUAUGUGCGGCCCAUUCUGGAGUUCGGGUGCACUCUGUUUUCCUACCCCCCGGACUAUCGCCUAAACAGGCUCUUUGUUAUCGAGAGGAAAGCCUUGCGCGUAUGCUUGGGUCUCCCUAAGUAUGCAGCCAACCAGGCGCUUUAUGCCGAAGCUCGUAUCCCUCCCCUCAAUAUCUGGUUUCGCCUGCUGGCAGUGAACUGCUUCCUUUCCCUCUGCCAGAGCCCACUGGCGUUGAGACACAAUGAGUCCCUCAGGAACGUGACUCGGUGGGUCUCUCGGCGGUGGCGCAGGUCCAACAUCCCCCAACUUGUAUUCGUCGACUCCCUUUUGGCACCCCUGAAGGUAUCGUUGUCUGAUCUGGCCCCACCCACCUGCCCGCUGAGGGACCUGUCUCUGCUGAUCGCUGAAGCCUUCCUCCCUGGACGUGUCCUAGCUCCACCGGCCAGGCUCGAGGCCCUCCUCACGGACCACGUCAGCCGGUUUCAGUCUCACCUGGUUGUUGCCACAGAUGCUUCCGUGGCCGCCGGGCUGGCGGGUGCUGGAAUUGUCUUCCCGCAGCUGGAUGCGCACUUCCCGAUUUGCCUCCCGGACUUCACUCCAGUGUUUGAGAGCGAGCUCCUCGCCAUGAUACUGGCUCUCCGCAUGGUCCCUCCUCAAUUCUGCAAGGUUCUGCUCCUGUCGCUGUCUGUCAUCGCAGCUCUGUCGGACCCCUCUGCCGACGCCUGGAAGACCUUCCUGUCCCUUACUCCGAGUCAUAUCACGGAAGUCGCCUUGACGUGGAUUCCGGGACACCGUGGCCUCUCUAUCAACGAGUUGCCAAAGCAUCCCUCGCUGGGCCAUUCAUCGACCUCUUACCUCCAUUGCCCGCAUAAAUUCGGGCCAGAUAUCGGAGGCUGCUGGAGCUGUCUGGACGCCGCUUGCCUGACCCCCGCUACGAUCACCUUUCCUUCGCGUGGCACACUGACCGCUGCCCUUCGCGUCGUGUUGAAGUCCUGCUGA